AUGGCUUCUCAAGCUGCGUUGAAGAAGCAGCAGGACCUGCAAACCACAUACCAAAAUUACAAAAGCACGCUCCAAACAAUAGCCUCAAAGAUCGGUGAUAUCGAGCAAGAGACCGAGGAGCACAAGCUUGUACUGGAGACUCUAGAGCCGCUACCGGGCGACCGGAAAUGCUUCCGCAUGAUUAACGGCGUCCUGACUGAACGGACAGUGAAGGAAGUAGUGCCGAUCUUGAAGACGAAUUCGGACGGGUUGAAGAAGGCGCUCGAGGAGCUUGUCAAGCAGUACAAGUUGAAACAGGAGGAGAUGGAGAAGUGGAAGAAGAAGAAUAACGUCCAGGUCGUCCAACAGCCAGGGCAGUAG